GUUCCUCGCUAUUAAUUACCCACCUCUCUCUUCCCUCCUCGAUCUCUCCCCGUAGCUCUCUCUCCUCGCCGCGCUCCGCGUCCUCCCCUCCUAGGGUUCGAAGCCCCCGCCCACCUCGCCGGCCAGUAGCAAUGGCGACAAAGUGCAUCAUCGGCGCGUUGGUCGGAUCCCUUGGCAUUGCGUACGUCUGCGACACAAUCGUUUCUGACAAGAAGAUCUUUGGAGGCACUGUUUGCAAGACCGCGACCGACAAGGAGUGGUUUCAGGCCACGGACGCCAAGUUCCAGGCCUGGCCUCGCACUGCUGGGCCGCCGGUCAUCAUGAACCCCAUCAGCCGCCAGAACUUCAUCGUCAAGCACCCUUGAAUAGGUGGCACGAGCGGCAUCUUGCUCCCACCAUGGGAUCCCAAGUUCCUUUUCUAGGGUUUUGAAGUUCCUAAUAAAAGGGACUUGAAAGUUGGGGUAUACUCUUUUGUUUUAUGAAUUUCAGUUUGCGUGAGCAACUUUGAGGUGCUUUACCGCUUGCUCGCUCGCCUUUCGAUGAACUCUGUUCCUCGGUGUAAUUAUCCACUAGGCAGUAAAAAUAACUGCAUUGUUGUUUC